UACUGUCAAAAGAUCUUUCGCACCAUCUCAUAGAUCAUUAUAGACUGUCAUAUUAGAGCGCAUUACGAAAGUCAUUGCGCCCUAAAUUAGUGAUGUCUAAAUGCUUGCGGCUUUGAGCAGUCGCAGUGGCUAGCCUAGUAGAAAUCGCGGGGCAAGUGAAGAGCAUCGGCCAUAUGGCAUGUGGCGGUGCUCAAGACUGGGGCGGAACGUCAUUCUUUUCCUAACACCAACGCGUAAACAUCUGCACGCUUGCAUGUAUCCGAGUCGUUGGUCAAUGUCAAGAUGUCUUCUAAUAUGCUUCUCCUGCCUUUCAGGCGCACCCACACGAUCAAACUGUCGGAUGCCAUCAGACAAUACAUAUCCACGAAAUAUGAUCAGCACCCUGACAUGUUCAAGAACGAUCUCGAUGCCAUUGAUGAGCUACGAAAAAGUGCGGCCCAUGCUGUAGAGCCACAUGUCAGUGGCGUUAAGAGGAUACAAGCAUAUGCAGCGCAGUUGAUAUGGUUGACGGGCAAAUUUCCCAUAGAUAUUGGGGUGGAUUUCACAUGGUAUCCUGCCAUAGGAUACCAGACCUCGCGCCCAAAUUCGGAGAACAACCUGCGGUUUGAGUUGGCAAAUGUCGUAUUCAACCUGGCUUCUAUGUACUCCCAAUUAGCUGUUUCCUCGAAUCGAAACACGGAGCAAGGCUUGAAAAUAGCCUGCAAUUACUUCUCGAUGGCAGCAGGAGUACUCUCGUAUCUCAAGUCUACCGUCAUACCGGAAAUGCGGUCUACACCACCCGACGACAUGGACAUCAUGACGCUGGAGAGUCUCGAGCGGCUGAUGCUAGCCCAAGCGCAAGAGAGUGUCUGGCAGAAAGCCAUCAAGACUGGUCUGAAGGAUUCCUCAAUAGCAAAACUUGCGGCGAAGGUUUCAGACUACUAUAACGAGAGUGGCGAAGCUGGGAUCAAAUCGGAUUCGAUUAGCAGUGAAUGGAUACAUCAUAUGACAGCAAAGCACCACCAUUUUGCUGCUGCUGCUCAGUACCGGGCGUCUCGCUUCUGUCUAGAGAAACGACAGUUUGGCGAAGAAGUCGCGAGGCUGAACGACAGCCUGAUAUGCGUGAGUGAAGGUCUAAAAGAAGCACGAUAUAUCAACAAAGUCGUCCUUGGCGAUCUCACGGGUCUGAAGAACAUAGUGCAAGAAGACUUGAAGAGAGCGGAGAAGGAUAAUGACAUGAUUUAUCUGCAGAUAGUGCCGCCAAAAAGUGAGUUAAAGUCGUUGGAAAGAGCAAAUAUGGUGUCGUCAAAGGUACCGGAGGAGCUAGCCAAUGCUACGUCUAAGCUGGGCGAGAAGACUGAAUUGGGAGCACCAUUAUUCUCGAAACUUGUACCGUACUCGGUGCACCUCGCCGCGAGUAUAUACGCCGAUCGCAGAGACCGCCUAAUCAACCAUGGUAUCAUUGAAGAGCUAGAAGCGCUCAAUGCAAAGAUACACGACAUGCUCACAAGUCUUAACCUGCCAGGAUCUUUACAGGCUCUCGAGAAGCCUCUUGGCCUGCCCCCUGGCCUCGUUGCUCACGCCGAAGAAAUCAGGGAUCAAGAUGGAAUCAACCGUAUACGAAGAUCUAUCGAAGAGACUAAGAAAGUCCGAGACAAUGAUACUGCGAGCUAUCAAGAAGGUGUCGAUCUACUUAGGGCAGAACAAGGGGAGGAUGACAGAGCGCGUCGUAAAUAUGGGACAGAAAGAUGGGCAAGGCCUGCAUCUGUGGACGCGAUGCCUAAGCUGUUUGCCCAGAUUGAUGAAAUUGGCGGCUAUCUGAAGCAAGCCGAUAACAGUGAUGGUCUCGUACGCAAGAAGCUAAAGGAACAUGAGUAUCACAUCACACUCCUGGGUGCAACAGAUCGGGAUCUGGAACAAUUUGUUCCAAGCAGUCGCCGGGUCACUCUGAAUCCAGCUGUGGAAAAAGAGACGAGCAAGUUGCGAGGAUGUCUGAACGAAGUGAACCGGCUUGAAAACAAAAGAAAGCGAAAAGUUGAGCAUUUACGCAUCAAGGCUAAACAAGACGACAUCAGCGCAGAACUUCUCAAAGAGGCAGCACGGCUUGAGCGAGACUACCCGAUGCAAAAUAUCGAGGCCGUCCAGUUCGAAGACCUGUUCGAGAAACGGCUAGAACUAUACGACGACGACCAAGCCAUGGUCAAACAGGAAGAAAAGGAACAGCGCGAGCUUGUGCGUCGCCUACAAGAAGCCAACUCGGCCUUCACGACCGCUAGAAAAGGCGACACAUCCUCUAAGCACCGCGAGGAAGCUCUACAAAUGCUCGAAAACGCUUUCUUCAAGUAUAAGGAGAUCAUCAACAACGUCGAGGUUGGGAGGAGAUUCUAUAAUGACCUGGCAAAGAUCACCACUCGGUUCCGCGACGAUUCUCGCAAUUUUGCAUAUCAGCGCCGCGCCGAGGCAAGUCAGUUGGAAAGUGAUCUAAGUACAGGCAUGGCGAGUCUAAGUUUAGACAAUGCACAUGUCUUGAAAGAGCAGAAAAAGGCAGAGGCAAGGAGCGAGUCGUAUGCAGCGAAUCAACCACCCGUAGAGGCGCCUGCUGAGCCGUUAACGGCGCCGACACCGACGAGGGCAAAUGCUGGUCCGGUCGCAGGAAUGUGGACACCGGAAAUGGGAAUCAAAUUUGGAGAUGGACAGAGUGCUGGAUCGAAGCCUUUGAAAGACGCGCGAUGGAAUGCUAGUAACGGGCUGAAGUUUGGGUAAAUAUGGGGGCUGGCGGUGACAUUGUGUGUUAGAACUCUCCAGUCUCCCUUGCGUGAGCAGGAUGUAGCGCGUGCCAGUUGUAGCAGGAGCCGUUUUAGCCAAAGCCACUAUCGUAGCUAUCGUUAUGGGAGGCUCAUACUCAGGCUUGUCCCUAGUAUUUAUCUUGAAGUAGUGUCAGAAAAGCAUCAGCUUUCACGAAGCGGAAUGGAGGCAGAGAUCAGAGUAGGGGCCCAUUCGUGAGGUUUAACGCAAGACGUCUAUAAAAUAGUCCUGCAGGUUGAUUGAAGUGAAUUGUACCCAGACCAUCGGUAUGUUUUGGUUGACAGCAGUCAAAUAAGGAUACGACUUAGACUCAAGUGGCUCCAUCAAAAUAGAGGUGCAUGUCUAAUGUUCAUAAAAGAUAUGAGCUUAUCUAUAAGUAACGUACAAACAUAUUAAUCUCUAUG